AUGUACGACUUCAAGUUCAACCAUGCGCUCCCCACUACCGAUGUCCUCGGCAUCGAAAUCCCCGCCGAUGCCGAUCCGCAGAAGGAAGCCCAAGGCAUUGUCGAUAACCUUUCCAAGGUCCUAGCCAAGGGUGAUGCUCAAGGCUUCGCCGACUUGUUCCUGGACUAUGGUGUUUGGCGAGACAAGCUUUCCUUCACUUGGGAUUAUCGCACUUUCAACUUUAAGCCUGCCAUCCUAAAGGCCGCCACCGACCUUUUCCCUACAACCAAAGCUACUAACUUCGAGUUCCUUACGCCUCCUCCCAAGAUCGACCGACCGUACCCCGAUUACGCACAGUUGCAGUUUAUCGUCUCCUUCGAGACCGAGGUUGUCAAUGCCUCGGCUGUUGCCAACGCCGUUUUGACCAAGGAUGGCUGGAAGCUCUACACUUUGCACACUGUUGCGGAGAAGCUCAAGCAAUUCCCCGAGAUUCCUCCCGCUGACGGACACAUGACUGGAGCUAUUAGCUGGGAGAAUCAGAGGGCUCAGGAUGUCGAUUCUGUCGAGCCUGAAGUUUUGAUCAUUGGAGGUGGUCAAAAUGGACUGGCCUUAGCUGCUCGACUCAACGCCAUGGGGAUGAAGAACCUUAUUAUUGACCAUGCCGAAGAGAUUGGCGAUGUCUGGAAGAAGCGCUACGAAUACCUGUCUCUUCACUUUCCUCACUGGGCUGACGACUUGCCCUAUUUCCCCUACCCCAAGCACUGGCCCACCUACACCCCUUCCCAGAAGCAAGGCGUCUAUAUGCAGUGGUACGCUUCGGCCCUGGAACUCAACGUCUGGACCAAGUCAUCAGUCGCCAAGGCAGAGCAGGAUGAACAGGGCAACUGGACAGUUGUGAUCGACAAGCAGGGCAAGGAGGCUCGCACCUUGCACCCCAAACAGGUCGUCAUGGCUACCUCGCUGUGUGGAACUCCCAUGCUUCCUGAUGUCCCUGGCAUGACCGAUUUCAAGGGUACCAUCCGUCACUCCACUGCCCACGACAGCUCUCGCGACUUUGUCGGCAAGAAGGUCUGCGUCGUUGGAACCUCCUCCUCUGGCUUUGAUACGGCCUAUGAUUGCGCUCGACGGGGCAUCGAUGUCACUCUCCUUCAGCGAUCCCCCACUUACAUCAUGUCGUUGACUCACUCUGUCCCACGCAUCAUCGGCAACUACGGCCCUGACGCUGAACAAAAGCGCCCUGGUCUAGAGGAGCAGGAUCGCCUGUUCUUUGCCACACCCACUGGUCCAGGAGAGGAGUUCGGUAGGCGCAACGCAAAGAUUCUUGAGGACCUUGAUCGUCCCUUGCUCGAUGCUUUGCAUGCUCGUGGCCUGCGCACAUGGCGUGGCCAACGCAACACUGGCAAUUCCACCCUGGGCCAGACUCGAAACGGUGGUUUCUACUUCGAUGCGGGCGCAUGCGAGCACAUCAUCAACGGCAACAUCAAGGUUGAGCCUGGAUACAUUGAGCGCUUCACCGAGAACAAGGUUGUCCUGAGCGGCGGACGUGAGCGCGACUUUGACCUGGUUGUCUUUGCAACUGGAUUCACCAACACAAUUGACUCUGUCCGUUCCACACUGGGCGAUAAGAUUGCCGAUCAAGUCACUCCUAUCUGGGGCAUUGACGAUGAGGGUGAGUUUAAGACCGCGUACAGGGAGACAGGUGUCCCUAAUCUGUGGAUCUUUGUUGGCUACCUUCCCUACACUCGAUUCCAUUCCAAGUUGCUUGCGAUGCGUUUGAAGGCUCUGAAGGAAGGCAUCUCUCCAGCUCCUUAUACAGCAUAG